CAUGCAAAAAGAGAAGAAUGAAACUGUGACGUGGCAGCGUCCGGACGUGUUCUCCUCACUGUAGUGAACAGUAUUUCGUGCAGGAUGUGGACGCUUAUUUUCACUGCCCUGUUUCCCUCAUUCAUCUUAUCAUAUGAACUGGACACGAAAAAACUGGAGGGUCUUGCGAAGGCCAGAGUGGAGACCUGUGGUGGAUGACAGCUGAAUAGACUGAGGGAGGUCAAGGCCUUUGUGACCCAGGACAUUCCUCUUUACCACAACUUGGUAAUGAAGCACAUUCCUGGGGCAGAUCCUGAACUUGUCCUUCUCAACCACUACUAUGAAGAGCUAGAUAGGAUCCCAUUGUCUGAAAUGACUUGUUCUGAGAUAAACAACCUCUUGGCCGAGCUGGGCUUUUAUAAAAAAGAGCAUCCUGAAGACCAGGUGCCAGAAGAGUUUCGCUUUUCCCCAGCGAAAGACAGUCCCUUUGAGGGACAUCAAUCAACUUCAUUGCCCCCUAAAACUGAUUUAGCCGAAGAGCACCAAUCAGAGGCGGAUUCCCAUCACCCAGAUUUGUAACCGCGUAUAUAAGAGCGAUCGGGUUGAAUGACAAUGUCUUAAAACCUGGUUGAUUUAUAAAUGUCAUGAGAACUGAACUGAGUAAUACCAGCUCUCUCUCGGGAGAGUUUAUCUUCUUGCAAAAUGUGGCCACAUUAUUGCUUAAAAAUAGUUUGUAAAUUCAACACACUUUCCCCAACUGGAGUUAAUUUGAGUGGCAUUGAGUUAUAUUGUUAAGAAGUGCAAGCUUGUGUGCGAUUAUUGUUUAUGUUUGUGGCAAUGAACUGUUAGUUGUUUGUUUGCUCCCACUCUACAUAACCUUAUUUCUGCCCAGAGGGGACGUUAAUGAUGUCUACAGCUGUAAAACUCUGUAAAUGGCUGCAGACUGAUUAUAUUUGUUCUCACAGGCAAAAAUUAGGCUCCAAAACAGGCUGUGGGAGCAUGAAUGCACCAUUGAAAAAUAAAUAUUUUAAAUAUGAU